GUCAAUUUAAGUUUCCGUCGGACGACACGGAAAUCCAGCUGGCUCGCAGUCUUGCACGAAAAGUAUAUGCUCAGCGAUGACGCAGCAGGGUGGAGGCAACAUCACGGAACCCCUGCUUCCGUCUCGUCACUUGUCAGACAUGGUUCAUGGAGAAGAACGAACACCACUCGUAAAUCAAAGCGACAUUGAGGAGGGUCGUACAACUCAGGCCCAGUAUGGUUCUUCUUCUUCUAUGAGAACUUCUACUUCUGGUGCCAAGUUGCCAAAGGAUACCAGCAAGCGCAACUCGAUGUUUAAGAAACGAGUCCGAUAUUAUGUUCCGUCUACUGCAUGGAUACCUGACUAUUCGGUUUCCCUCUUGGGCGGCGAUCUUCUGGCCGGAGUCACUCUUGCGGCUAUGCUCAUUCCCCAGUCUGUCAGUUAUGGAACUUCACUUGCGAAACUGAGUCCUACAACUGGUUUGUUUGCUGCCGCCAUACCGCCGAUCAUGUACAGUCUUCUGGGAACGUCAAGACAACUUAAUGUUGCUCCAGAGGCUGCGCUUUCACUCCUCGUUGGACAAGCAGUUUCCGAUUAUCGUCGUGGGGACCAUCAUACUCGUCCGGAAGACGCCGAUGCCAUUGGUAUUGCAGUUGGGUUGUUUGCGUCGAUGCUUGGAUUCUUUCGGCUAGGCUUCCUGGAUGUUGUCCUCAGUCGUGCGCUCCUCCGAGGAUUCGUGACUGCAAUUGCGGUCGUCAUUACGGUAGAACAACUAAUACCUAUGUUUGGCCUCGUUGCCCUGGAGAACCAGAUGAAUCCCGAGUCAACCUUGGACAAGAUAGUUUUUCUUCUAGAAUAUUCAUGGAGUGAUUACCACAAACCGACGAUGCUGGUCAGCUUCGGGGCGCUGCUCGUGCUCAUAUUCAUGAGAAUUUUCAAAGGUUACUUCAGACGAACUUGGUGGAUCGAACGACUCCCUGAAGUCCUGCUCGUUGUCGUGCUCUCUACAAUAAUUUCAGGCUAUCUACGUUGGGACGAAAAAGGUGUCGGUAUCCUCGGCAAGAUACCUAUCAGCACUGGUGGUCAUUUCUUUAGCUUUCCGCUGAAACAAUCGAUAAGCUACAUCAGAGGAACGACAUCGACCGCAGUUUUGAUAACUAUCAUGGGUUUCUUGGAUAGUACCGUUGCAGCGAAGCAGAACGCCGAUCGCUUUGGUUACUCCAUCAGUCCGAACCGUGAACUCGUUGCACUUGGGGCUGCCAACCUUUUUGGAUCUUUCGUUCCUGGCACGUUGCCAGCAUUUGGCUCAAUCGUGAGGUCGAAGAUUAAUGGCGAUGUUGGUGCGCGCACGCAACUGGCCUCCCUUGUUACUGCCGGCAUAACAUUGCUGGCGACAUUCUUCCUUCUCCCGUAUCUAUACUACCUGCCUCGAUGUGUCUUGGCCUCGAUCAUCUGCCUCUUUGUGAUAUCACUAUUCAGCGAGGUUCCCCACGACCUAAUAUAUUAUUGGAGGAUCGGAGCUUGGACUGACCUUGCGAUGAUGUUCCUCACUUUCUCGCUAUCUGUCAUCUGGAAUGUUGAGAUCGGAAUCAUCGUCAGUCUCAUCAUCUCUUUGCUGCUUGUUAUCAAGCGUUCCUCGCACACUCGAAUGAUUAUACUGGGACGCAUUCCUGGCACUCAUCAAUGGGGGCCCAUUGCUGACAAUCCGGGCGCUGAAGAUGUUCCUGGUAUAUUAAUCAUUCGUAUCAGAGAGAGUUUGGACUUCGCUAACACGGCACAGUUGAAAGAACGUCUUCGUAGACUGGAAUUGUAUGGCCCAGAAAGAACUCACCCUUCAGAAGAGCCAAGGAGGCAGCCCGCAAGCACACUAGUAUUCCACAUGGCAGACGUCGAAACGUGUGAUGCCUCUGCAGUGCAAAUCUUCCAUGAGCUGUUGGAGACGUAUCAGAAUCGAGGCGUCGAGCUCUUCGUGACUCACCUUCGUUCCGGUCCUCGAAAAAUGUUCGAGCGCGCAGGUAUUGAGGAGCUCCUAGGCUCCGAGGCAUUCUUUGCCACCUUAGGAGAUGCCAUGACCAGCAUUGGGCAACAAUGAAGGAUCCGAUUUGCGUGUGGUUGUUGUUUGGCGAAGAUUUACGACCUUUGACGACCUUUUGACGAAGGUAAUGCAUCGGGCACAUAGACUACUGGUACUCGGAGUAUAUGGCGGAGCUUGCGAGUGGAUAGUACAUACAUAUGCAUUCUACUUAUGUAAUACAUUUACAUCUGAGGUUGAAAUUGAAACUCAAGAAGUGUUGACACCUAUUAUUAGCACCUAUUAUUAUAACGUUCUUG